GUUCACGGUCCCCCCUCUCUGAAAAGAGUUAUGCUGUCUGUUUUGAAUGGACAGCGUUUUUCUUUGUGUGCUCGAUCAAAACAGAGGGCAAAGUUAGUCAGCAAGUUGCAUAGCUUCUGCAUUCUGAUUCUUCAAGCCUCUUUUGUAUGAAGUUUAGCACAAUGUUUUACACAGUGUCUGACCUGAAUGGCAUGCUGGAGAAAACAAUGAAAGGAGCGGACAAAGCGAUUGUGGCAAAGUCCUUUGGAAAAUGGAAAAGCAGCUCUCUAAGGUCCAGGACCAUGGAGAAGCCGGAUGAGCCGUCCGAGGAGAGUAAGGAGGAGAGCCUUUCCAACUGCACCUGUGAAGCCCCCCAACUCGGCAAGAAACCAGUUGAUAAUGAAUUACACGAUCACCUCCUGAGAGAAAACAAGUGCGAAGGCAUCAACCAGACUGGACAGUGUGGAUCUGGUAUCUUAUCCUACAGAGAGCUCAGAAAACUACAAUCAGAGAUGGAGUCUGAAGGCGAGGAGCAAACCCUGCAAGCUUGUAACGGUAGCGCAGGGCUGGCCGACUGCAUCACUGACACUCACAGCCCAUAUGGGUCCAUGGCGAGGAAGAGGAGUGCUCAGGAAGGGGUGCAGGGUGCCCCCGUCAACAAGAGAAAGUCCCUGCUGAUGAAGCCCCGCCACUACAGCCCCAGCGAGGCAUGUGAAGAGGAGAGCGAGGACCUGGCACCGCCACAGGACAAAGAAGAGCUGAGGAACAUUGACACUCCAGCAGAUGGACGCUCAAGUGCAGUCAAUGGAGUUGUCCCCAAAAAUGGCUGCUAUGAUGCUGCAGCAAAGUCCAGCGAUUCUCUGGGAUGGUCAGAGGUCACAUCUAAUGGCUCACCACAAUGUGAGCUGGACGCAUCUGAGCAUUUGAUGGAUGAAGAUGAUGAGGAGCUCCUUCAUGAUAAUGUAGAAGAAGACCAAAGUCAAGACAGGAUGAGCCGAACAUCAUCGCCACAGAGUCCGUACGAUGACAUGAGAGAGGCUGAAUGGGAGCCUCUGUCCCUGUCUGCCAAAGUGAACGGCUCCAGCUGCAGUCCCUCCAGAGCCUCUGAAGACCGGAACGGCCUCAUGAAAGAAGAGCCUCAUCCAGAGCUAGGCAGUCUGAUGGCUAGAGCUAACAUUUUUCAGGCCGAGGCUCUAAGAUACAGGCCUCUUCCAACAGAGGAGGACAGUGAGGGGGAGGCGGAGGCAGAGAGGCCUCCUCGGCUGGACGGCUGGGCUCUGGGCCUCCACGAGAGAGGCCUGGAGAUGAGCCGAGGGAGGGUGAACCUCAGCCUGCUGGAGCAGGCCAUAGCUCUGCAGACGGAGCAAAGACAGGUCCUGCACCAUGCCUAUAGGGAGAUGGACCGCUUCCUCCUGGAGCAGAUGACCAAUGAGAGAAGGCACCACAGGAUGAUGGACAUGGACGGCAGACUCACCUAUCAUGGAGGGAAAGACUCUCCACGUACCGAUAAAAAGGAUAUAAAAUGUCCAACUCCUGGCUGCGAUGGCACUGGUCAUGUGACUGGCUUGUACCCACAUCACAGAAGUUUGUCUGGGUGUCCCCAUAAAGUCCGAGUUCCUCCAGAGAUCCUUGCCAUGCAUGAGAAUGUCCUCAAGUGUCCCACCCCUGGGUGCACAGGAAGAGGCCAUGUCAACAGCAACCGUAGCACCCACCGGAGUCUCUCAGGCUGUCCCAUUGCUGCUGCAGUGAAAGUCUCCAAACCUCAGGAGGAGAGCCUGAAAUGCAGACAGACACCUGACCGCUCACCCAGAGCCAUGGGCCUGAUAAAGAAGUUUGAGAUGAACCAGUUGAACUACAGGCUCUCUCACCCUGUAGCAGCCUUGCAAACGAGCCUCACAAAAGACAUGGACAAGUACAGCAGAAUCCGCUUUGAUUACGCCAGCUUUGAUGCACAGGUCUUCGGCAAACAGCCUCUAAUGGGGACCAACCAGGACCAAGAAAUGCCACAUUUCCCUGACUCACCUCAGCAGUAUCCUGGCUUCCUUGGAGCUCCAGGUGGCCGUUUGCCCACCUCUGGUCAGCACAGCCCCCCGAGUCAAUUCAAAAAAGAAGACGGUCUCCAAGCGGCAGCAGCGACCGCCGCCAUCCUUAACCUCUCCACUCGCUACCGGAAGAACAUGGAGGCUGUAGCCGGCCGGCCCUUGGCAACCUCCACAAAGGACAUGCUCAUAGAGGUGGAUGAAAAUGGCACCCUGGACUUGAGUAUGAAGAAGUGUAAAGAACAUGUAAAAACACACACAAAAACCCCUUUGGACGACCCGCUGUCCCCGUCUGAGUCCUCUAUGGCCAAAGGCGGGAGCGUGCUCAUCAGCCCCGCCUUCUACCAGCCGCUGUGUGAGAGAGACAGCUGGGAGAGCCCUGUCCCUGUCAACUUCAGCAAAGCACACAUUCUACAGGAUCCAGAGGAGGAUUACGAUCACGUCUCUUUGGAGGACCAACACUAUCAAGGAGACGGCAGCAUGCUGAGUCCCAAAGCCAAGCUGCUGUUACGAGAUGCAAAGAAAGAGCUUUUGAGCUGUCCGACCCCGGGCUGUGACGGCAGUGGCCACGUGACGGGGAAUUAUGCAUCACAUCGGAGUGUGUCUGGAUGUCCCCUCGCUGACAAAACACUCAAAUCACUGAUGGCAGCCAACUCUCAGGAACUAAAGUGCCCAACACCUGGUUGUGAUGGAUCUGGACAUGUGACUGGGAACUAUGCUUCGCACAGAAGCUUGUCAGGAUGUCCACGUGCCAGAAAGGGAGGUUUGAAGCUCACACCAAACAAGGAUGACAAAGAUGAGCAAGAGCUUAAGUGUCCAGUAAUCGGAUGUGACGGGCAGGGCCAUAUAUCGGGAAAAUACACAUCCCAUCGCAGCGCAGGCAGUUGUCCACUUGCUGCCAAAAGACAGAAGGAGUCGUCCAUCAAUGGGCUGCCCUUUGCCUGGAAGGCCAAUAAACAGGAACUGCCCCAUUGUCCCUUGCCUGGCUGCAAUGGCCUUGGACAUGCCAAUAAUGUGUUUGCCACUCACAGAAGUUUGUCAGGUUGCCCACUGAAUGCACAGAGUAUCAAGAAAAAGCACACAGAAGAAGAGAUGACUAUCAAACUGAAAGCAAGCAGUGGUGUUGAAAACCCAGAGGAUAUUCAACAUUUGGAUCAUGAAAUACAGGAACUGAAUGAUUCCAAUAUGAAAAUAGAAGCAGACAUGAUGCAACUCCAAACCCAGCAGAUCUCGUCUAUGGAAUGUAACCUAAAGACAAUUGAAGAGGAGAACAAGAUGAUCGAACAGCACAACGACGGCCUCCUGAAGGAGCUCGCUCGCCUUAGCCAAGCUCUCAUUAACAGUCUAACAGACAUUCAGCUGCCUCAAAUGGGACCCAUCAGUGAGCAUAAUUUUGAAGCCUAUGUGAACACAUUAACUGAUAUGUACAACAACUCGGAGCAUGAAUACUCUCCAGAGUGCAAGGCCCUCUUGGAUAAUAUCAAACAGGCUAUUAAGGGCAUCCAUGUUUAAGCUGUAGAGCUACCAAGAGGUUUCUUUGACUUGGGAUAAUGGCACUAGAUAGCUCUAUUUCACUGAAGAGUGCUGGCUUGGCUGCAUGUGUAAGACGAGGCUUUUGGAAAUGUGUUUGGCAUUUCCACGGAAAACACACUGCACUGAGAAAAUGACCAGCCGGAUUUGUAAUGCUUUCUCUGUUUCUGCAUUCACUUGAUAUGUUUAUCCUGGUGAGAUUUUUACCCCUCUUGCACUUAAUUAUUUUGUAUGGUUUGCUUGAUUUUACUCUGUAUGUGUUCAUGUCAUUCUUAUAUUAUCGCUAUUUAUUAUGAUUAUAUUUGUUCAUCAGUGUAUUUAUUUCCUUGAUUUUUAUUUAUUUCUAGAAUUGUAAAUGAUUAAUAUUGGCGAAAUCUGUUUCUGCACAUUGUAAAUUACAUAGAAGCACAUUCCAAUUUCAUGGCAUACUUUCGCCAUCUAGUGUUGAAAACGUAUAUUAUUAUUAUUAUUAUUAUUAUUAUUAUUAUUAUUAUUAUUGGACCAUAAGCUUGAUUCCCUUCAAAGUAAAAACCUACCAAAAUGAUUGAACGUCAAUAUUUUAAAGCAUUGCUUUUGCUUUGUUUAUUGGAAACUGAAUGUAAGGUAAGACAAAGUGAAUCCAUGGAUAAAAAAAUAAAUAAAUGCAAUGCAAAAGUACUGUACCUUUUUAUUCUCAACCAAUAGCUGCAAUCCGGAGGUGACAGGGAGCAAAAAUGCAACAUCACAUAGUGACCUGAAUGUCAGAUUCUGCUUUGCAUAGCGCCACAAGAGGAGAGCAACAAAAAUCAAAAGUCCACUUUGUCAAGAUGUCUUUUUUUUUUUUUUUAAAUAUAGAUAUUAAACUGCCUUCUGUGCACACACUUUGGAGUGUGCAUAAAGUAUGUGCCUAAAUGUAUAUGAAUCCAUAAAAAUAUACGAGUAAUAUGUUUUGUGGUAGGACAGUAUUAUGUGGAUGGUGUCUAAUUUAAUAUACAGUACAAUUAUUUUCAUAGGAGGAAAUGUUCCUGAUGACUGUUUAAAUACCGUUGUCUCAGUAGCUGUAAUCUCAGAGCCAGGUUUGGAAAAAUCAUGACUGAGAUCGAGAAGUCUGGUGUUUAAUUUAACUUUAACAUGCAUUCAGAGGUGAAAAAGGAAGGAGUAAAUUUUAAAAGCAAACGUCUACCCUUGUUUUCUCUUAAACUGCUUUCAAGCCUUAACAUUUCAACCAGUCGUACAGUUUGGAUAUUCUUGUAAUGCUUGGAGCAGAUUUGAAUAGUAGCUGUUUCAAAACCGAGCUGAUACCACCACAACUCACAUUUCAGUUUCAGUCUUUAAAUGCAAGAAAAAAAAGGAAAAAAGACAGAAAAGGAAACAAAAACAUAGACAAAUAAUAGCAGUUGGCUAAUCUGUUGUUUGUUUGCAUAAAUUGCACUUUUGUAUCUUCAUUUAUCUUGAAUUUUUAGUUCACUAAACCACCCUUGACAUGAACAAAAAGAGGGAAAUGUAACACUUAAGUCAAGUCACCAUACAAUAGACAUCCCAAUUUUACAUCAAGUUUAUUCCAAGAGAAAAUGACAAUUUAUUUAAGCAAUACCUUUCAUUUCUGCAAAAAAAAAGGAGUCAAACACAUGUAGCCUUGGAAAUUUCAAAGAAAAGAAAAAAUGUAACAGCAAAAGAGCCAAAUUACAUAAAAAUAGGACCCUAUUUUAUCCAAAUACUCGAUAUGUUUUAAAGAAUUUUAAUCUUUUAGAAAAUUUGAAUCACAUUCUUUAACCCUAACAAUCCUUUAUUUAUUAUUUCUUCUAUUUUAUUCCUCUACCACACAUUGUUUGCUCAGGAAGUUUUGUGAAUAAUAUUUAU